CAACAACGACGCAUCAUGCCUGUAGAAAAUUUGGAAGAAGAGGGUUUGGAGAAAAAUCCCAACUUGGAGUUGGCGCAGUGGAAGUUUCUUUUAUCUUCAACAAAGCAGAAGAAUGACCACUCGAUCAAAGAAAAAUUGCUGGCUGCAGUUAAAGCCGACAACAUGGCCCCAUUUUAUGAGGAAACAUGCAAAGAGCUGAAUUGGAAAGUUGACUCCAAACUCCUAAAAACGAUGCAGGAAACAAACACCAAAGAAUUACAACGGUUAGAUGAGGCUGUUGAUGAUGCUGAGAAAAAUCUUGGUGAAACAGAAGUCCGUGAUGCCAUGUUGAAGAAAGCGGAGUACUUGUGCCGAAUAGGCGAUAAGGAAGGUGCUUUGACACAGUUUCGCAAAACCAGUGAGAAGACAGUUACCCUUGGAUAUCGCCUGGAUCUAGUUUUCCAUCUAAUACGAAUGGGUCUUUUUUACAUGGACCAUGACCUUAUCACCAGGAAUCUCGAAAAAGCCCAGACAUUAAUAGAUGAAGGAGGAGACUGGGACAGAAGAAACAGACUCAAGGUUUAUCGAGGCCUGUACUGCAUGUCUAUACGAGAGUUUAAGAAAGCUGCUAGUCUCUUCUUGGACACAGUAGCCACAUUCACAUCGUACGAACUUAUGGAUUAUCAUGAUUUUGUCUCGUACACUGUUCUGGCUAGUAUGAUAGCCCACGAUCGGCCAACCUUGAGAGAAAAGGUGGUGAAAGGUGCAGAGAUCUUGGAGAUAUUGCACAGUUUACCCAGAAUGAGAGAAUUCUUAUUUUGCAUGUAUGACUGCCAUUAUGACAAAUUUUUUAAACACUUGGCUUGGGCAGAGGACACAAUGAAAGCUGACCGUUAUUUGGCUCCACAUUAUCGUUACUAUGUGCGGGAGAUGCGUAUCCUGGCCUACUCUCAGCUUCUGGAGUCCUACAGGAGUCUCACCCUUCAAUACAUGGCAGAGGCUUUUGAUGUCACUGUUGAAUUUAUUGACCAGGAACUGUCACGCUACAUUGCUGCAGGGCGAAUACACUGUAAAAUUGACAAGGUGGGCGGAAUCGUGGAAACUAAUCGACCAGACAGCAAAAAUUGGCAGUAUCAGGCCACAAUCAAGCAAGGUGAUAUACUAUUGAAUCGAAUUCAGAAGUUGAGUCGAGUCAUCAACAUAUAACAACAGGAAUAAUCAGCUCUGCUCCUUAGUGUAAGGCCAAGAAGAUUCAUCAAUUCAUCCUGGAAAGUGAAAUCACACUAACUCUAACUGUACAUGUAAUUUGCCAUAUACAUGUAGGAUGUAGCAUUCAUAUCUUCCAGUCCAGAAGUAUUUCCAGGGCCAUGUUUUCCAUGCGUAACCAAGCUGAUGUGUUGAAUAGUUACUGAACAAAGUGAAAACAAAGGAAGCUUUAUAUCAGAGAAAGAAAUUUAAGAACCUGAAUUUGUGCAAUUCACAGAUAAAGCCUGUGAAGAUUCACUGUUCAACAUUAGCGCAGUAUGUCUUUUAUUUAAUUCAGUCAUUUAUACAUGUGACUGUGUUGUGUAUUCCACCCUGACUCUUGUUUACACAGUGCAAUGUAGCAGCAUCACAACAUCUAAUGGUAAUAGCAACAUUAAAGCUAUGACAGGUGCGUUUGACCUCAAAGUUAAGUGCAAGUUAAAAUUUUUUUAAUAACUCUUUCAUGGCCCAUAAAGUUUGAGUUAGUUACAUGUGAAAAUUCAUAUCUUUCAGGUGAGGUGAAGCCUUUGUACCACACAUAUUUCUAUUUACCUGUACAUGUACGUUCUAUAUUAAAUUUAAAGCCAUCUCUUCACUACAUACAAAGCUUUUCUUAUUUCUU